AUGUUGACCAAUAUCAUCAAAUCAUCCUCCACUAUAGCGAGGACAACAACGAGGGCAUUCUCAACCUCUUCACAAGUACUGGACGUAUCAAAGGUGAUCUUAGUAGGUAGACUAGGUGCAGAUCCGAUAUUACGAAAUACAUCAAGUGGUAAACCAUAUUAUACGUAUACUGUAGCUACCAACGUAGGUGCUCCGGUAGAAGGUGAAGGUGGUAAACUGCAUCCACCACCUACAUCCUGGCAUACGAUAUUUUCGUUCAAUGAAUUUCAGCAUCCUGCUUUACAAAAAUUGGGCAAGGGAUCAACAAUCUAUGUCGAAGCAGAACUGGAAAUGCGUCCUUCUGAACCUAAUCCGUCUUCGACAGAUAGAUAUAGGUACGACAGGGCAUUCCUGAAACAUCAGAAAUUAAGUGUGAUCAACAGGGUGAAACCGGAGAGUGAACAAGAUGGAUCUGACGAGUAA